AUGGGGAACGGCCACAGCAGCUCCAUCCAAAACUGCCUCAACAGUAUUUGUGUUAAUCGCACCGCCUGUGUCACGUACCCAGGGGAUCCGCUCUUCGCGUGGUGGUCAAAACCGUUCAACCUCGAGUUUCCCGUUGUCACUACCGCUAUAAUUCGUCCUCAAACCGCCAAAGAAGUCGCCGAGGCUGUCAAAUGUGCUACGAAGAAUGGACUCAAGGUGCAGGCAAAGUCGGGAGGUCACUCCUAUGGAAACUAUGGCUUAGGCGGCGUGGAUGGAGCGGUCUCUAUUGACAUGUUCAACUUCAAAGACCUCAGUAUGGACAACAGGACGUGGUAUGCUAGAUUCGGCGCCGGCCUGACCCUGGGUGAACUGGAUGCGCAUCUGCAUGCGAAUGGAAGACGAGCCAUCGCCCACGGAACGUGCCCUGAGGUGGGCACUGGAGGACACCUGACCGUCGGCGGCCUUGGGCCAAUAUCCCGCCAGUGGGGAAGUGCUCUCGACCAUCUCCUCGAAAUCGAAGUUGUAACAGCCGACGGUACUAUCCAGAGGGCCAGCUAUACCAAAAACUCUGGACUCUUCUGGGCUAUGCGCGGCGCGGGCGCAAGUUUCGGCAUUGCAACCAAAUUCCUAGUCAAGACUCGUCCGGAACCUGGCAAAAUCAUUCAAUACAGCUACAACUUUGCUUUUGGCUCGCAGACCGAAACGGCAGCAUUAUAUAAAGAGUGGCAACAACUCGUGCGAGAGCCUGAUUUGGACCGUCGAUUCGCAAGCCUCUUCGUUGUUCAACCUCUAGAAGCACUCAUCACUGGGACCUUCUUUGGCACAGAAUCUGAGUAUCAAGCUACCGGUAUCCCUGGUCGUCUUCCUGGAGCUGGCAAAGGUGCUUUUUGGCUGACCGAUUGGGCGGGUCUUCUGUUACACGAAGCAGAGGCUACUGGCUGUGCUUUGGGAAGCAUACCUACAGCCUUUUAUGGCAAAUCGUUAUCCCUCACCGAGCAGGAUCUACUCAGUGACUCAGCUAUUACCCAACUGUUCGAAUACCUUGGAGAUCAUCAUAGCCAAUUGUCACCUUUUACAAUCAUCUUCAAUACCGAGGGCGGCGAAAUGAUGGAAUUCCCCACCAAUGCAACGGCAUACCCGCACCGAAAGAGCAUCAUCAUGUAUCAAUCCUACGGCAUCGGAGUGGGGCAAGUAUCGGCAGCGACACGGAACCUCUUGGACGGAGUUCACCAACGGAUCCAGCGGUCGGCUCCGAGCGCCAGGUCCACUUACGCCGGGUAUAUCGAUGCAUGGGUGGACCGAAACACGGCCCAGAAGCUUUACUGGGCGGACAAUCUACCACGAUUACGAGAAUUGAAGAAGGUGUGGGAUCCAACAGAUGUCUUUAGCAACCCGCAGAGCGUUGAGCCGGCCGAUUAA